AUGGUUAGUGUGUUAAUAGGUAUUCCGCCCCACCGUUCUGUGUUUAGAUUUUAUCUUUUGUCCCCGUUUUCUUUAGUGUUCAUUUUGCCGACUUCAAUUGUCUCCUUCCCUAUUUUAUGAUUUCAAUCAUCUCAAUAAUCCAAGACUACAGGUACUCAGACUGGAGGCCGGCUUUUCCGUCUUGUUUGCGCAAGCCGGUAGAAGAUGCAGGAUGAGUAAUCCGUGACGCGGAUCUAGCCUACAAACGUGCCCACCUAGACAGAGCUGGGCGAACAAUGCCCCGUCGUCAGCCGAGCAUUUUUUCCCGGCAGUGUGUCUACUUGUGCUUAGUAGUUUUUUUUGCCAGUAUCGUCCUUAACUGUUCCUCCAUAACUGGAGGUAUUCGACUCCCGUUGCCUGAAGACCAUUCAUAGAGGGAGCUACACAGAUUUUUCUCGGAUGAGGCAGCAUGGACUCGUUUCAGUUGCAUUUUGAGGAUACCUCCGGUUAUCCAAAAAAGCUGGCUUAGGUGAUUUGGCCACGUUCUUUGUCAUGCUCAUUGCUAGCCCUCUGUUGCUGCGUUCAAUUUAGCGCCUAUACCCAGCCGGAAGCAUUGACGAGGUCUAAAAAAGGGUGAUCUGACUAAUUCCACCAGAACAUGGUGAUGAUUUUUGGACUUUCGAUUUUCGGUCUCCGUCGCGGCAGGAAAGAAUGCAUUGGGCUGUACAGAUCUAGCAUAAUCACGGACAUACCAAGGGAAUGUAUUUUUUAAGGGUAAUGGGCUGGAAAGCGUGCCCCAAGCAAGUACUGGUUCAUGCCGUCCACACAGUUGGCCGUGGCAGAUGGAUAAAGAAAGAAACGGACAAAAAGUGUCCUCAUCCUUUUCCCAUUUCACCAGAAUAACUCCACCCACUCUGACAGGCUGUAAUGCCCGUUUUCUUUUGAAUGACUCAAUAGGUGGUCUGUCAUAGAGAGGAAUAGUUCUGAUCGACCGAGAACUGUCUCGACACAAGAUGGGAACCGUGGCCACCCAGCGAGAAUUGCUUCUCCGCAACGGGACAGUUGACUGAAUUAUGGGCAAGACAAUCUGAAACGGCCAUUAUAAAAAUCCACGUCGAAGUGCUAGGGUCACCAUCAGAACCGAACUCGCCACAAACUCACCUUUUCUCUUUCUCACAUCAUAGACGAUCGCCCCAUCAUAAUACAGUUCCCAUGCUUCAGCAAGAAAGUUGAGAGAGAGCAUACACUCAAACUACGCCACAUCCUGACGUUCGCUCAGGUUCAGCGCGCCCUCUGGUGUGUGCAGAAUGUGAGCAGACUUUUGUGUGCGAACAGCCGCAGGCCACGCUAUCUGGCAGGGAUUUCUUGGUCGUCGUAGAGCAGGAAACCGCAAAAUCACCGAGGACGGUUCCCCCAUCAUCAACACAGUUCUUUGCCGGUGACACUAAGAACUCCGUCACGACCCGCAGUCAACCCGUACUUCCAGUCAUCUAAACAGAAGUAAGUCUACUGAGGGCGAAGUCAGAGAUUCUGGCACAUUUAGCCGAGGACUUUAGGUGCACAUAUGGCGGAACUUACUGCAUUGUUACAGACGAUGUGGAAACAGGGACGACGCCCAUAAGACUCAACAGUUGCUCUCCUAUACAAACGCGAAGGAAGCUGACCAAUCGGAUACAAUCCUUGGGUGGUCCGCCUCCCCAAUGUUGCUAGCAAAGUCUUUGCUCGCUUUCUCCUUAAUCGCAUGAGUACCCCUGGGGCAAUGACUUCUUUCAGGGACUUAAUGUGGAUUCCGGAGGCAGUGUGCAAUAACUGACACUAUAUUUAUAGCAAAACAAUUACUGGAAAAAGGCCAGGAAAUGAGGUUCAAACUCGGCUUUAACUUCGCAGGUCUCACAAGGCUGUUGGACACUGUGAGCGAGCAUAAUGAUCCUUUGAAAAUAUUGUUGGGGCAUACAUGUCCGGAAUGUUUAUGCUGACGUUCAGACAAAUCUGCGGCAGCGUGAUGGCGUGCACCAUCUCGGGGACCUCCUUCUCGCCAAUAAUUUUGCACCGGACAUCGCCUUUGGAGAAGGCAUGUGGCAAAACCUGGACCUCUUCGCCCCCAAAUUCACUAACUUCGAGUCAUUUACAUAUUUACUAGCACCCUCAGUCAUUGCCAGCGUCAAUUAUCGCACCUCCUCGGGAAAGUUCGUGUUUCCUGGCAGCAUUACCCCAAAAAACAAAAAUAGACAAUGGUAUUGCAUUCUGAACCUCGAAAACCAGCCAGGCCUUCGACCGGUCUCAACCCUACGCAUGGUAUCGACGGGGAAUUCUCCCAAUGCUAAAUUGAAGACAUGCAAGACUGUAGUCCUUACACCGAAUCGUUACGACGCGGAGACACCGACAGGCUAUCAAGAUCCCACUCAAUUGUCUUGGAAUCGUUCGACGAAGACCUUGCGCAGGACUGCCAGGAAGGACGAAUUACAGCGAAGAAUGGUGCGUCAAUCUUCGAAGCCAACUAAAUACAGGAGACCAAGAUGGAGUGCCAGGAUGCAAAACGAAGAACAACGUUACCAAUGAACAACUUCCUACGCGUCAACACUGUCAAUGCACAGCUAUGGUCAGGAUUGGUCUCGUGAGACGUCUAUUGCGCGUAUCGCAGCACAACCACCAACGACAUCGACACCACGCCAUGGAGCAUUGACAACGCGGCCCGGAUGCUCAGCGCGCCAGAUUCGUCCCUGCGGGACAUCUUUCCGUCAACAUCUGCGUAUGCGGCGUUUUACCGCGGGUUUUCUUUCAUUUGUGUACGGCCCAGUAGGCCCAUGUGUUGUAUUUGAAUAUGAGCCGGCAGUGCGGGCAGUUAGGGCGGGGCUGCGGGUCGACGUUGGUGCUACUGGCACUGGCGCUCCAGCGCUGGUCUCUGUGCGACGGGUCCGCAAGUGACCGACCAGUCCGAUGCGUGAUGCGCAUGUGCGGUGGCAAUGUGAGCAAGAUCGGGUUGGCAACGGCUUAGUCGGUUGCGGUGUCGAUGCUGCUAGCGUUCCCCGCGAUGGUGGAGGGAGAGUUUGUGCCUCCAGGCUCUCCUUGCUGCCUGCUCAUAAACCUGCCCAGCCUGCCGGUCAUCCAGCUUGACCGCUCACUCGCAUUUGCUGUUUCCUGCCGCAACACUAAUCUCCAUCCACCCCACAGUGGGAGCUCGUGGAACUGUUAUCAUGCACCUUCUUACUUCCUUUAACACGUACCGACAAUGACCUAGUUUCAUCACGUAAACUACAACCGAUGUAUGUGGUGAGGAUUGUCUUUAGUCAAAUACGACAGGCUAUGAGUGAAUCGCGUUCCGGAGGAUCGACCUACGUCCGUCAUUUUGUGUCAACGGCAGGCAUAAUCUCGGAGGAAAUCGAGUACAGGGACUACAAUCUGAUGUUCACGACCUAUACCUUCUACCCACCAGAAAACACUUUCCCCUCUACCACAAAUUCGAACAACAUACUGGGUCUGCCAGUCUGGCUCCACCAGUUUUGACUACUGCGUUUUCCACCGCCUGUAAGACGAUUGAUGAUAAAAGUUUUGCCCUCCAUGCCCUUCCACCUGUAAUCCCGAUCGACUGCGCUGCUCAUGGGCCAACUGUGUCAAUUGCUCCGUAUCGCACUGUCACCAACACUACCUAUCAGUCAGAUUUCUCCCUCUGACUUCUCCUUUCUGUUUCUGCCAUUCAUUGCAGCGACCAGGUCGGCCAGCAGUCCCUUCCCGGUCGGCAACUACUGUACCAAAUACGCCCGCCUCUCAGGCGGAUGUCCGUGUUCAGGGCUCCGUGGUGGUAAGUCCCGCAGUAUAUGCGCCUCUUACGCGCCCUCUGGCUCCUCCCCACCCCCACACUUUUAUCUUCUUAAGGAAAAGUGUAUGCACAGGGACUAGGAUGCCUCGAGCAACUGUUUUUGACUGAUUUUUCCUUGUUAUCGUCGGCUAGCUAGCCGAACAACAACAACAACAACAACAACAACAACAGAAUUCAAGCUCAGACCCUCGUUUAGCCGAACACUGCGGGCUCACACCCCACAGAUUGCGAGCGAGAAUGUUCAAAGCCACACGACAAACGCCAUCCACCUGGCUGUCGCCACUGCAGCAGUAAAUUAGAGUAUUACGUUUGUCUCGGGAUCCCGUGGGCGUAGAUGCAGAGCGACGUUCACCCAGUAAUCGAGGCCUAAGAUGAUGAGGGUGGUUACAUCCGCCGUAUUUACCAUCAUUGGCCAGCCAUAGUUCAAGCUCUAAGGUACAGAGCUCGAAUCCUUGGUAGCCGCCUGUUGAUACAAAUGCAUUACGAAUAGUAACUCUAUAGUGUCGUGAUUGCAAUAACUUGCUGAUAAGUCCCACAGUUGCGAGUAUUUUUACCCUGUCUGUUGGCGCAAGCUCAGAUAUUUUAAAUAUCUUUUUUUCGUUGUCCCCCUUCCAUGCCUCGAGCAUAUAUCCAGUUACCUAUUAACCAUUUCAGCGGCCACGUCGUUCAGCAGCUCCUUCUAAGUCGGCAACUACCGUAUCGAAUACUCCCUCCUCGCAAGCGGAUGUCCGUGUUCAAGCCCCCACGAUGGUAGGUGCUGCAGUAGGUCACUUUUUAUCACACGCCGUUCGGUCAUAUUUGUCCGUUCUUCAUUUCAUACGCAUCUUCUGUUACUUCUUUUCAUUUUUAAUUUAUGCAGUGUUUUUAUACUGAACCAUUGUAUCCUGAUCAGUGGUUUUCUUAGGCUUCCGGACUUCGAACUCUGUCUCACAACUAACUGCAGUUGGAGAUAGGAUUUAGUACUGUAUGCAAUAAGGAGUAUGAAUAAAGACAAGGGAAGCUGGGCUGGCUGUUUCUGGCUUGUUAGCCGUCGUCAGCCAGGCGCGCCCGGCCCCAUAUUUAGGCAACCUGUGAACUUGUAAGCUAAGGUAAGACAAUCGUCCCACGCUGAUCUGAUGAAGUCGCUAAAUAGACAACCCGUAGACGAAUCGUUUCCAGUAAAUCCAGAUGACUACAUUGUCAACAUGUCGAAUUUGAAACUGACUAACCUGCAAGCCGAGGCCCUCUCUUUAGGACUUAAGUUUUGUGUGCCGAGAAGAAAAAUAGAUCCGACGGAGAUUGAGGCUCAAUUUGAAGACCUAUAUCACCAAUUAUCGGAAUUAACACCGACGUCAGAGGACAAUGUGAGAUGGUUGAAAGCGAAAUUCGUAGAUAUCGCCUAUCAAUGCAGAACUUUCCCGACUACGUAACGCUCACUGCUAACUAAACAACACAUCUCGGCCCUAACUGAUCUACGUAAGACUACUGAAGUCGUCAUCUCAAGACCUGACAAAGGAAGCGGUGUCGUGGUCCUAAACAAGACUGAUUACGUGAGAAAGAUGGAAGCGAUAUUGAGUGACUCCAGCAAAUUUUCCUCGGAAGCCCAUGAGAAAGAAGAAACAAAAGCGCUAGAAGACCUUAUCGGAAAAAGGCUUAAAUUGUUAAUUGAAAAGCAAAUAAUAGACGAGAACUUAGCUUCGUGUCUUAGGCCUGUAGGGUCGCAUAUUCCUAGACUAUAUGGACUGCCAAAAUUGCACAAACAAGGGGUACCAUUACGACCGAUUCUAUCACCUCAACAUAAACUUGCCCAAUGGUUAGUGCAGCAAAUCGAACCAAUCAGACGCAACCUUGCCGUUUAUACUACCAAAGAUACUUUCUCCUUCGUAGAUGAGCUUAAGCAUAACAAUCUACUGAAUAAACACAUGAUCUCGCUUGACGUGCAGAGCCUGUUUACAAACGUGCCACUGGAUGAAACAAUUGACAUAAUUUGUGAGCAUGCGGGUGAAACACACCUGCCACCAGAGCAACUGCGGGAACUACUACAGAUAUGCACAAAGAAUGUACAGUUCUUGUUCAACGGGCGGCUGUAUCGACAGAUCGACGGUGUAGCUAUGGGCAGUCCAUUGGGGCCAGUCCUAGCGGACAUGUUUAUGUCUAAUCUAAAGCGAAAACUAGCUCGGAACUUACAAUGAGCCUCAUUCUAUAGGCGAUAUGUGGAUGACAUUUUCGCUAUAGUCAAAAACCCAGGCGACGGAGAACUACUACUCAAGACUCUGAACAAAGCACAUGCAAAGAUCAAAUUUACUGUCGAGCAUGAGAAGAAUGACACACUGCCUUUCCUGGAUAUUCUUGUACGUAGGCGGGCAGAUGGCUCUAUUCAGAGAUCCAUCUAUCGAAAACCCACCUGGAAAGGACAACACAUUCACUUCCUCAGUUUCGUUCUACUUCAGAGAAAACGGAACUUGGUUUUGUACCUGUUCAAUAGAGCCACCAGAAUCUGCUCCUCAGAUACGAUCGAUGACGAGCUUACUUUCCUAAAGAACGUUUUUCUUGCAAACGGGCAUCCGGAGAAAUUCAUCGAUAAAUAUCGCCAUCCCAGACAAGAAACUCCUGAAGAAAUAUCUGUACCUAAAAAGUCCGUGACCAUCUACCUCCCCUUCAAGGGUGAUAACGUGUCGAACGUGAUCAAACGACGACUUCAGUGCACUAUCGAAAGGACGUAUGCCGCCUCUAAAUUGUUGUUCAUAAGCACCACAACCGCCAUCCCAGUUAGACCAGCUAUAGACAUUUUGCCUAUGCACGCCACAUCAAACUGUAUUUACGGGUUUACAUGUAGUUGCGGAUGCAAGUACAUCGGGCGCACGCAAAGGCAAUUGGCAGUUCGAUCUGCUGAACACAUGCCGAAGUGGCUGCUUAGGGCUGAAAAUAAGGUACCCAGGAGCUCAAUCACAAAGGCGGACGACCGGGCCUCUCUUGCGCUUUGCAGAGGCCGCUGCAAUACGGAGGAGGAAAGCAGAACUCUGUGAGCAGCUGGACCAUGUGAUAAACCUGGCACUGCCAUGGUAAUUAUCGAUUAUGGACGAAACCCUGUUCCCAUGUCCGCCCUCUCAUUUCGCCCCCACCCGCCCCCCUCUCCCCGGCAUGACUGAAUGCUCCCCGCACGUUGCACUCUAAAUCACACCGCACAAGUUCUCUCAUACUUCUCUCCUCCUCCCCACCCCUUGCCAUAUGCACCCGCAUACUAGACCUAUGUUUCAGGUUACCUGUCACGUUUUAUCUCUCUAGGUCGAUCGUUGAUUGAACAGGUUGUCUUGUCAUAUAACUAUGCAAUGACCGUGUGCAGCUGAAUGAGAGGCCUCGAAAUUUAUGACGUCAGUAAAUUCUACAUGCUUCGUCGCCUUUGCCUUGUUCAAAUUUAUCCCGGGAAAACAUUGCUUCAACCUGUGAUAUCCUUUGUCCACAGUCUUUCAUGCGUAUAUUACUGUUCGCUACGAGACUGCCCUCAGUGGCUCUAAAUUCAGCUCCAGGGGUCAACGGGAUGAGAAUGUCACAUAUUCCGAUCGAUGAACGUUUUCCCCACGAUAGAACAUUUGGUGGUUUCCUAGUUGUCCAGGGGAGCCAGUUCCUUUUGUCACCUGAUCACUUUUUUGCUUCUCAUUCAGCAGCAACUUGUUUAUUUUAGCGACGACGUCGAUCUGAGGUGCCAGUCAAAUCGUCCGCCAGCGUAGCAAACACGCCCCUCGCCCAGAGAGGCGUCCGUUUCCGCGCCUCCAUGACAGUAAGUGGGGUUGGGCCAUUCUUCGCUUCUUGCCUUUGCUUCAUAAGUUAGCACUUACGUUUGGAAACUUUCGCCUUCCUUUCUGUGCUCCUAACUUUCUGAGCCUAGCCUACCGAGAAGGAUGCCAAAAACGAUAACUACAGUGAGUGACCGAUCUCAUGAAAUGUUGACCGAAAUUCUGAAAUGCGUUUUCAAUUAGGAAGGAUAACUUAGGUACGAUUACAAUAUUGAUUCCCAUGAUUAUCAUCCUAUAAUGUUUCGGACUCGCCAGGAUGUCGGCUUUCGAAUGCAUUUCUUUUUGAUCUCCUGUGGAAACCGCACUCGGUGAGAAGUGACUACUUAAUUAGCAUGCAUUUUCACAUUGAUUUUUGAUGGUCAUAUAAAUUCAAAUUUAGUUCACAGAAAACACACAUAAAAAUAUGCUUUCUUCAACUCGAUCGGUAGAGAGUCACGUUGUCUUUACAUUUCAUACCCGAAGAAUUGGUGUAUUAAGAUUUUGAAAAAGUUUCUAAUUGUGAGAUUUUUAAGACCGUGCAAUGUCCAUUCAUACAGCAUCGCACAUGACCCUUUGCCAAUGCUUCUAGUGAAAUGUAGAACAUAGUCCGCAUCAAUUGCAAUAUCUUAUGAACUCUACAUUGUAUCUUUUUAAAGGAAUAAAGGAAUGUGUGUUUCUCCUUACGCCGACAGAAAGCAAGUUGUAGACUGAAAUCGCUAAAAGCUAGUGCAACGGCUGAUCAGGCUCAAAAUUAUUGGGGCAUUGAGAAACUUUUUCAAAAUCUUAAUACACCAAUUCUUCGGGUAUGAAAUGUAAAGACAACGUGACUCUCUACCGAUCGAGUUGAAGAAAGUAUAUUUUUAUGUGUGUUUUCUGUGAACUAAAUUUGAAUUUAUAUGACCAUCAAAAAUCAAUGUGAAAAUGCAUGCCAAUUAAGUAGUCAUUUCUCGCCGAGUGCGGUUUCCACAGGAGAUCAAAAAGAAAUGCAUUCGAAAGCCGACAUCUUGGCGAGUCCGAAACAUUAUAGGAUGAUAAUCAUGAGAAUCAAUAUUGUAACCGUACCUAAGUUAUCCUUCCUAAUCGAAAACGCAUUUCAGAAUUUCGGUCAACAUUUCAUGAAAUCGGCCACUCACUGUAUAUGACGAGGGUAAUUAGUUUCUGUAGGUCGGCAGAGAUCACAGCUGCCUUCGCAGGGCGUCUAUGGUGAUUGGCACCCAAUUUUCAUUUAAGCCAAGUAGAUCACCAAGUCGGAAUUCGCCUGCGCGUGUGUUCUAUGCAGAACAGAGAUCUGUUGCAGGUUACACAACAGCAUUGCUCAUGAUUGCGUUCACGACGUUACAUGAAUCUACGAGUUUUGUGCAUGAACGUUUUGACCACACUCCCAACCCGGGCACUGGUUAGAUGCACGCGCGGGUUGACUUAAGUGAGCUCAAAGCUUGCACAGGCAUUUGGGUUGGACAGAUCAACUGCAAGAUCACAAAUAACUUAAAAGAGAAGGCUGAGCAUGGGAAAAGGUACCUCCACAGGUGUCUUUGCGCUGAAUAUUGCGGGUGCCUUUCCCCGCGUCCUAACUCUAACCCUUGGACUACUCCUCCUAACGCCAACUCCAGCCAGGAACACUGGACGAUUCACUGGUGAGACGCUGCUGUCGCAGAAUGGCAGCGAACCGUGUGUUUGGGCUUUCAUUUGAUACCGUUUUGGGGAGUAUUGCGAAACAAAUUUAUCUGCAGGGUGCAUAUUAUUGACGUUUUGACAGUAUGGUCUUCCCGCCUAACUUGAUUGAACUUUCGGAUCCAACCUAACGAGUCCUGAGUCAACUGCAAAAUCGAACAUCAUUUGUGGCCGAAUCAAAAUGCCCACAAGGCAUUUUCCUCACCUCGCCCCCCUUCGCCGUCACUGUAGUCUGCACUAGGUAAUUCCCUAACUGGCGAGGUUAUGUAGGACCAAGCCUGGAGAGUAGUGGGUCGCAUGUGACACCUGGGGUUUACCUUGCAGAGCUUGAAGUUCCCGGCUUCAGCGGCAGCCCUGCCUGAAAUAGCAGUAAGCGAUGAUCAGUCGGACACCGACCCGCCCGGAUCAUUCAAAACGCCAAAUCUAUGAUGAACGAUCUUCAGGUAAAUAAAAAUACAAAAAAGUCUUAAAAAUACAGUAGAAAUAACGGCUUCCGUAAAACGAGCGAAAAUGCUGAAAACACAGAAAUUCAUGCCAAACGAGUUGUGCAUAUCAAUGCAAACAGGCGGGUAAAUAAGACGGCAUACACAAAACCACGUUAAAGAUGCCCUUAGAUGACCUCUGUGGUAAAUAUCCCCCUAGAAUUAACGUAAUGGGCGGUAUGGCAACUGUUUAGUUUUACUGUACCUUCCAAAGUGACCCUAAGGAGAUUCGGUGUAACUUCUCCCAUUUAUAUUGUUCGGAAUGCAGUUAACUACGAGGAUGAAGCUUUUUCUGUUUUCCCGGAUGACGACAUCACAGGCAAGACAGUUUUCAUAGGAUCACCUACCGAGAGGCCGGUCAGCGCUUAAGAAACUUUAAUGUACAUAGUAGAUGUAGACGGAAACGCAAAAUUUUCUCUGUCCAUGGAAUUCUUCACUCGCAAAAGUACUGCGUGUUUUCAGGCGACAGUGGAGUCCGUCGAGUUCCAAGGCGUCCUUCAAAUACCUGAAUACCUUGUUGCUUUCAAUGUCAUCAAUCAGAUGCCCGAAAAAAUUAUUCGUAUGGUUUAUAGUCAUCAAAGCUUCCAAAAAUAAAACACCUGUUGAAAACGUGGACACUCCGUACCUCCCCUUAAAGACCUUCUCUAGGUCCAACCGCUUGAGUGUGCUCCAGCCUGCAAUGAGGCAAUACCGAUGCAUCCAAUGGAACCUGCAACCCCUAUGGUCAUUCUUCUCACUUCCCCGACCACGUAGCCGUUUGGUCUUCUGAGUCUCUCAGUUAAGUAUAUCUGUGCGGUUUGGGGGGUGCCUUUCACUGGGUCAGUCAGACUGGAGAUUUUUUCAGCCUAGUUGUUUGGGCGUAUGAAAUGGGAGCCAUCUCGCGGCCGCGUAUUUUGUAUGCAUCCACGGUAAAACUCCGUUUUUAGUGCUUGUGUCUUCUGGUGGUACAGUAAGGUCUUUUGUGUGGCCCUCCAAUCGUAUUAACCGCAAUAGCUGUGUAUUAAACUGGCGAGAUGAUGACGUGUCACUCUCGAUCAGCUGUCAGACAUUGUGCGUGAUUCUUACGCAGGUUCUUCGUCUGUCCUGAAGCCAGUUCUUUUUUCUGCGACCACUUGGAGUGCUGAUGAUAGCGCCCCUGUUUUAACUUAUAGCCCAGAGUAACACAGCCGAAGCCCUUCAGCUUCGAAUCACGAGACAAGGCCCUUCUUGCCUCCAGACAGCAGCGCGUGGCAGCUGCGACCGAGGCACGAGUCAGAUUGGCCAACAGUUUCCGUGCCCAACCAAUGCCCGUCGGUCCGCCGGACCCCCUGCCCCCUCCUCGCCCGACCUCGAUCACCGCCGCCGCCUCACCGCACCUUCAGACGCGAAAGCGCGCGGUGCAGAGACGCGCCUUCGAUGACCUGCUCGCGGCUAAGCGGGCCUCCUUGGACAGAAAACUGGAGGCACUGAGGAAGGAGAGGGAGGAGCGUGAGAAUGAGGAAAUUAAGGAGCUGCGACGCGGUUUAGUGCACAAGCCGGAACCUAUACGUUCCUUUAAGCCACUUGAACCGGCUCCCCGUAGGCCCCUCACCCGCCUUCAAAGUGCUAACCUCACUGUCUCCGGCAGAUAA